AUGGCGAACACCCUCUUUGAGCUGGUUGGUGAGGACGACGACAUGUCUCCUCGCCGUACUAUGGAGCUCCUUUGGGCGGAUGCCGUCGCCCAUCUUCCUCAGACUGAUGGUGAAGUGUUCCUGCCGCGCAACGUUGUUGAUGACGUGCUUGACAUGGAUCUUCUCAUGGACAUGGCAACCCGUCUUGCGAGCAUGCUCAACAAGAAAGUUGACAUUGUUCUCGAUGAGUCCAUUGAUGCUUACCGCAUGUUCCCCAAGCACAUCGCAGCGGAAAAUGACGAAGAUGUGUGGGUUGAAUCGCAUGGCCUUGAGCUCGAUGAUCACCGUCGGAUCAGCAAGUCUAUUUACAAUGCUGGCAACUCCGUGAAGCUCCCCGUCCGUCCUGCCAAAGUCCCUCGUCCUCCCAACUGCUUUAUCCUGUACCGCCAAGCCAACCACCACUUGGUCAAGGAUGCCAACCCUGGUGUCUCGAACAACGAAAUUUCUCGUAUCCUCGGGGCACGUUGGAACAAUGAGAGCUCCGAGAUUCGGGAGCAGUUCACUCGUCUGGCUGACGAUCUGAAGCGGGAGCACGCUAUCAAGCACCCCGACUAUCAGUACGCUCCUCGUCGUCCCUCCGAGCGCAAGCGUCGCACCCCCCGCACCCGUGCCAGCUGUCUGCCUGUCGCUCAGGAAGAUUCUAACUACGUUGAUGUCGAUGACCAGUUGAUGACAAUCGAUGACAAGUUUAUGUCUGAGUUGCACAGCAACGGUUACCUUUUCGGUCCGAACGGUGUCGAGCCAGUGUCUGCCCCCUUCACCAACGAAGAAUGCUUGGAAAUGAGCAAUGAACUGCUUUCAGGCAACAUUCUUGCUUCUCUGCCAUACGUCCCUAUGUUCUAA